AUGCCGCCGUGGACGCUGUUCAGCAGGAAGCGUAGAUCGGUACAGCAGAACCCACCCACCGCCACCGCCAAUGCCACCGCCGCCUCAGCCACCGCCGCCAAUGCCGACAACAGCAGACGACCCAGGAGUGGUGGCCCUUCGGAGACUCCCAGGCCGGACCAUAUGACCUCCCUGGCAGCCAGCACCGCCAGACCGCAGACGGAUGCUACCGUCACCUUCACCAACAGCAGCAGCAGCAGCGGCGGCGGCGGCGGCGGCAGUGAGCAGCAGCAGCAGCAGCAGGUAGCGACAAGUACGACAUCGACUGUACCAAGAGGAGACGAGGCGGGCAACGACGGUGAUCACGACAAGACAACACGGCAGCUGGGCCGCGCUGACACGAGGCGUGCUCCGUUUCGCCUGUUCCGCAGCCGGUCGGCGCAUUUCCGGUUGGGCAGCAGCGGCGGUGGUGACGGCGAACCGAGAACGAGAUUGAGCUGGCAGGCCCCGCGCGAUGCCAAGAAUCGCGGCGGUGGGGAUCGUUCUGCCGCAGCCGUCGUGGAUGAGGAGGGCGAGGGCGCUCCAGCGAGGCUUAAAGAAGCUGCCAAGCCUGUCUCUGAAACGAGGCCUGUCAAGGCGAGGAAAUAA